GGCGGGGCGUGUGCUACCGCCAGGGGCGGGGCGGCGCGGGCGGGCCGGCCGGGCUGUGCACCUGCGCCUCGGCGGGCCGCCUGGGGCACCGUCCCCGGCCCGCCCGGCCCCGCCAUGGCCCGGCCGCAGAGGACUCCGGCGCGCAGUCCCGAUAGCAUCGUCGAGGUGAAGAGCAAAUUUGACGCCGAGUUCCGACGCUUCGCGCUGCCCCGCGCUUCGGUGAGCGGCUUCCAGGAGUUCUCGCGGUUGCUGCGGGCGGUGCACCAGAUCCCGGGCCUGGACGUGCUACUUGGCUAUACGGAUGCUCACGGCGACCUGCUGCCCCUCACCAACGACGACAGUCUGCACCGGGCCCUGGCCAGCGGGCCCCCACCACUGCGCCUAUUGGUGCAGAAGCGGGCAGAAGCUGACUCCAGCGGCCUGGCUUUUGCCUCCAACUCUCUGCAGCGGCGCAAGAAAGGGCUCCUGCUGCGGCCAGUGGCACCCCUGCGCACCCGUCCACCUCUGCUAAUCAGCCUGCCCCAAGAUUUCCGCCAGGUUUCGUCAGUCAUAGAUGUGGACCUACUGCCUGAGACCCACCGACGGGUGCGGCUGCACAAGCAUGGUUCAGACCGCCCCCUGGGCUUCUACAUCCGAGAUGGCAUGAGUGUGCGUGUAGCUCCCCAGGGCCUGGAGCGGGUUCCAGGAAUCUUCAUCUCCCGCCUGGUACGUGGGGGCCUGGCUGAGAGUACAGGGCUGCUGGCGGUCAGUGAUGAGAUCCUUGAGGUCAAUGGCAUUGAAGUAGCCGGGAAGACCUUGGACCAAGUGACGGACAUGAUGGUCGCCAACAGCCAUAACCUCAUUGUCACUGUCAAGCCGGCCAACCAGCGCAAUAACGUGGUGCGAGGGGCAUCUGGGCGUUUGACAGGUCCUCCCUCUGCAGGGCCUGGGCCUGCUGAGCCUGAUAGUGAUGAUGACAGCAGUGACCUGGUCAUUGAGAACCGCCAGCCUCCCAGUUCCAAUGGGCUGUCUCAGGGGCCCCCGUGCUGGGACCUGCACUCUGGCUGCCGACGUCCUGGUACCCGCAGCUCUCUGCCCUCCCUGGAUGACCAGGAGCAGGCCAGUUCUGGUUGGGGGAGUCGCAUGCAAGAUGGUAGUGGCUUCAGCCUCUGACAGGCAGGAUGCAGCCCCAUGCCACUCCAAACUGCUGGGACAUGGCAGGGACUUCACAGUGGGGGUUUUUAGCUGGAUCCCAGGGCUCCCUCAGCCUGGGGAACAUUAAAGGUUUUCUACAAAUACA